CUUGCUUUCUCCCCAGCACGCACCCGUUAUUAAUUCUACCAUGUUUCAACAAAGAAAGUUCUAAUAUUUUCUUUCCUUCUAGUAGCCGUACGUGGCACCAGUUACUUAGCGCUAUAAAGAGAGGGUUUUCACUGUUACUUGCAAGGAAUCUCCGCUUUAGGAAACUCAUCUGAUCUGGUGAGGUCAAGUGCUGCCGGCCAAUUCAGACUCGAAUGACAUUAUCGUGCAGCUGGCGAUCCCAUGCUUUUCAUCUGACCGCCUCAUAUGUUACUUAUUUAUCAUUAUUUUUGAAUCACACCCCAAAUCAUCCUCAGUCUUCGUCUCUAUAGACAUCCUAGCCAAACUAACCAGCAGCAAACCCCGAUUCUAACCGAAGAGACCUUCACUUUCCCGGUCUUGACAUGUCAGAACUAUAUUGCCCCCUUCCUCCCAGGGAUCAGGACAUACUCCGUUUCCGAAGUCAAUAUGGAGCGAACUUGGGGUCCGUCUUUGUUCUUGGCCCUCAGCUGAGCAAUAGCAUACCACGGGAAGAUCCAGCCGGGUCAAGUGAGUUACAGUUCCUCAAAAAGUCGAUAGCCUCCAACGGACUCGAAGAAACAAGGCGGAAGUGGGAAACCCACUGGCUAUCAGCUUUAUCCGAUGACGAUCUCAUUUGGCUCAAAGAUGUAGCAAAAUGCAGAACUCUUCGCUUACCACUAAGUUUUUACUCCCUUGGGCCUCUGUUCUGCCUAGGGACAGCGUUCGAAGGGGAGCCAUCACAGGUGUAUCACAGUUGCUGGAAUAUCGUGAAGCAUCUAAUCGAAAAAUGUCGGUAUCACGGUAUCGGGAUUCUCAUUGACUUCCACACUAGCUCCAGUGGCAUUAAUCUCUGUGCCAAUGCAGAGAAUCGGACAGUAGCUAGGGACUGUGUCGCCUUCCUAGCACAGGAGGUAACAUUUCAUGGAAUGUCUGGGGUAGUUGGACUUUCGAUAUCCUCUGGGUGUGAAAGUGCCUCAGACAUGUGUGAAUGCUAUGACGAGGUUCUAAAGAUAGCCAGGGCGAUUGAUCAAUCCUUGCUUAUAUAUAUCGACGACGGUCAAGAAAAAAGUAAACAACAAGUCUUCGGAGGCUGCAAAAGCGCCAUUCCUCAGUUCAGGGCAGAUUUUCUGAACGGUACCGUCCAAAUGCCCAGCUGCUUGACGAUACCCCAAGCACACGUCCGUGAAAAGACCAAACAAGCCACAGCCGAACAAUCGCACUUCCGAGAAAAGGCCUCGUCACAGACUACAAGCUCUUGGAGCCCCCAUCAACGCCAAAGCUUUACUCAUGGCUGGGACUUGGGGUACAGUGAUGCAUUGCGGUUCUUUGGCGCUGCUAUCCAGGGCAUUUUACCUCCUCGAGAUGGUGCAGACAAGAUCAGUGCCUUAGAGCCGUGGAUUGGUCAGCGCAAAAGAGACAUCCAGCCAGCACAACUCGAUGAAGAUCCUUCGGCGUGGGAAGAUGGUCUUCGGAGGGGAAUUGACGAUUUCUACAAGUUUGUGGGGAUAUGAUGUCAGCCAUUCGAGGGCUUCGCGAACCGGUAAUAUUAGAGGCCCCAUAGUGUCUAGUACCACAGCCAAACACUACUAGUAGUGUGAAAAGCUUUCUGCUCCCGUAUGGUACGUGUGAACUACAAAUGGAUGUUCUACCCUUAAAUUGUAUUUUCAUUCUACCCUCAACAGGGAGCCGCCCAUUUACAUGCAACCACAACCAGACAACAACCAUACACAGUAGAGACAUGC